AUGUUACCCUUUGCCAGUGGCUACGACUGCCCAAGCAGUGAAUCAUCGGAACAGCCGCUGUCGUCGCUAACUGCAACGCCGCAGACCCUGCUCAGCGAUGCAACAAGCAGAGAAACAACCGACAGAAUCUGCGGUGAUAAUCGAGAACUGACCAACUGCGCUCAUGACAACGGCGAUCUGAUGGUACCGAUGCUCAAAUCCGAUGGCACAAUUGUCAUCCCACGAGUUGUGCAUGUGAACGACAUCAGGAAUCUGGCUGGUGUUGCCCUGGAGUUAAAUGUGCUCAUCAAAAGUCCGGACGAAGCACGACAAUUCAGCGUGAAAAUCGAUUGCCCUGAAUUUAAGCCAUCCACAGUUAUGGUGAACGGGAUCAAAACAAAAGGAGUGAACAAGUGA